UUGAAACGCUUUCUUCAUUCUGUUUCUUUUCAUUCCCGCAAUGGAAAGCGCCAACCGCCGCAACUUCCUCCUCCCUUUUCUCCUCCUUUCCGCCGUCCUCGCCGCCGCAGAUGACGGCGCUUCAAUGUUGAAACUAGCUUCAUCCUUCAGCCCACCUCCCACCGGGUGGUCUUCCACCACUUCAGACAACUACUGCAGCUGGUCAGGCAUCAAUUGUGACAAAUCCAACCGCGUAACAGCCAUCAACUUAGCUUCCAAAUCCCUGACUGGUUCACUACCCCCGGACAUCGCCACCUUGUCGGAACUCGUCACUGUAUCUCUACAACGCAAUUCCUUAUCUGGGUCCGUCCCAUCUUUCGCCAAUCUCACGAAAUUACAAACGAUUUCCCUCGACGACAAUGCGUUCACAUCGGUCUCCCCGGACGCUUUCUUCGGGUUAACCAGUCUCCAAACGCUGAGUUUAAGUGAAAACACGAAGCUAAGUCCAUGGACUUUCCCAGAUUUGUCCCAAUCGACGAGCCUCGUCCAAGUUCAGCUAGACAACACCAGCUUAUACGGUACUUUACCCGAUGUUUUCCAAUCCUUGAGCAGUUUAGAAAGCAUAAGGUUGUCGUACAACAAUUUGAGCGGUACAUUGCCGGCUUCUCUCGGCGGUUCGACGGUUAAGAAUCUCUGGAUCAACAAUCAGAUCGUUGGGUUCACAGGUACUUUAGAUGUUUUAUCCAGAAUUCCACAGUUGUCUCAGGUUUGGGUUCAUAAAAACAUGUUCACCGGUCAGAUCCCAGAUUUGUCUAAAUGUGUGGGGCUUUUCGAUGUCCAGCUUAGAGAAAACCAGUUGACUGGGCCUGUCCCGGGAUCUUUAAUUAAUCUUCCCAGUUUGAAGAAUGUUUCAUUGUCUAAUAACAAAUUGCAGGGUCCUUUCCCAAAGUUUCCUCCCUCAGUUGAGAGAAUUGUUGUUAACGGGACCAAUAAUUUCUGUAAUACUAAUGGAAAUCCUUGUGAUCCUCAAGUUACCAUAUUGCUUGAGAUUGCUGGUGGUUUUGGUUAUCCAGUUUUUCUGUCAGAUGAUUGGUCAGGAAAUGAUGCUUGCCAAUUUUCUUUUGUUACUUGUGAUUCACAAAAGAAUGUGAUUACUGUGAAUCUUGCGAAGAAAGGUUUGACGGGGACGAUUUCUCCGGCUUUUGCGAAUCUUACAAAGUUGAAGAACUUGAAUCUGAAUGACAAUAACUUAACAGGUCCCAUCCCUAAUGGUUUGACUAAGUUGAGUAGUUUGCAGCUUAUUGAUGUGUCUAAUAAUAAUCUUACCGGAGACAUGCCGGGAUUUUCAUCUUCCGUGAAGUUUUCUUACACAGGGAAUAGUUUACUAGGAAAUUCGAACGGUUCUGGUGGUGGAGGACCUCCAGGUUCUGGGGGAUCUAGAGGGGGUUCUUAUGGUAACUCAAAAAACAGUGGCGAUGGUAAGAAUUCCAUAGCUUUGAUUGUCGGUAUUGUGAUCGGUGUAUUGGUUUUCGUUGCUGUUGUUUGCUUUGUUUCUUAUAAGUAUGUGAUGAACAAGAAAUAUGGGAAAUUUGGUCAGAUGAAUGGCAAUGCCAGUGAUGCUGAGAAGGGGCCAGUUAAGAAUGGGGUAAUGGGUAAAGCAACAAACGGCUACGGAGGAUUGCCUGGUGAAAUGCAAAGCCAAAGUAGCAGUGAUUAUAGCGAUCGCCAUUUCUUUGAGGGUGGGAAUGUUGCGAUCUCGAUACAAGUGCUAAGAGAGGUGACUGAUAAUUUCAAUGAGGCUAAUGUUUUAGGACGAGGGGGUUUCGGGAUUGUGUAUAAAGGUGAAAUGCCUGAUGGCACACGGAUAGCUGUCAAGAGAAUGGAGUGUGAAGAGAAAGGUACUAAAGGAAUGAAAGAGUUUCAAGCUGAAAUCGCGGUGCUUACAAAGGUUAGGCACAGGCAUUUGGUUGCACUUUUGGGUUACUGUAUUAAUGGCAACGAGAGGCUCUUGGUUUAUGAGUAUAUGCCUCAAGGUACCCUUAGUCAGCAUCUCUUUGAAUGGCGAGAAAAGGAUUACGCUCCACUCACCUGGAAGCAAAGGGUCACCAUUGCACUGGAUGUCGCAAGGGGGGUCGAGUAUUUGCACUCUUUGGCACAACAAAGUUUCAUUCACCGCGAUUUGAAGCCUUCCAACAUACUACUCGGUGAUGACAUGAGGGCAAAGGUUGCGGAUUUUGGCCUUGUUAAGAAUGCACCUGACGGAAAGUACUCUCUGGAAACAAGACUAGCAGGAACAUUUGGAUAUCUUGCUCCUGAAUAUGCUGCGACCGGAAGGGUGACAACAAAGGUGGAUGUGUAUGCAUUUGGAGUGGUGUUGAUGGAGAUAGUCACCGGCAGACAAGCUUUAGAUGUAACCUUACCUGAUGAGAAAUCACAUUUGGUCUCAUGGUUCCGUAGGGUUCUAAUCAACAAAGAAAACUUUCUGAAAAUGGUCGAUGAAACUAUCAGCUGCGAUGAUGAGGAGACAAUGGCGAUGAUCUUCAAGGUAGCCGAGUUGGCAGGUCACUGCACGGCUCGUGAGCCGUAUCAGAGACCCGACAUGGGGCAUGCCGUUAACGUGCUCGGACCACUCGUCGAGCAAUGGAAACCUACAACCCAAGUGGAAGACGGAAACUCGGGGAUUGAUCUUAACAUGAGCCUGCCUCAGUUCCUACAGAAAUGGCAAGCAGAUGAAGGUACCUCAACAAUGUUUGGUGAUUUUUCCUAUUCCGAAAUCCAGUCAAGCAUUCCCGCAAAGCCCUCGGGAUUUUCGGCUACAUUUAGCUCAUCCGAUGGCCGGUGAUGGAAAUACAAUACCGGUCAUGGUUUUUGAAGAGGUAUGGGCUAUUAUAUGAGAUGAUAGCUAAGAAUGUCAUGAUCAUACUAUGUUUAUCUUUGCUUUUCCUUUUGUUAUGUUCAAUGGAGCAUUUACAAAGGAAAAAAAUGGGUUUU